UAAAACUAUCUCAUCUCAUCUUACUGUCCAAACGAGUCUUUUAAGUGAGCUUGUGUGUUUUUGAAGAAUUUGAGCUAUUUUGAUUAAUUUUUCUUACAUGCUGUACCGGUUUUUUCUUCUCUUGUUGACAUCUCUGACCUGUGCUUGGCCUGGUCUCGACUCCCCCUUUUUAAGUGUUAAUUGAAUUAGUAACGGUUAUAAAUUUCUUGUUCUCUCUAUACUUCUUUCUUGUUACCAUAUUUACGGAUCGUUCCGAGCUUGUUAUUAUAAGUCAAUUAAAAUGUGGUGAAAUUUUCCCUCAGAAAAUUUAUUGUUUACUCCAUCUGAUUCUGCUGUUCUUUGAGGUGCGUGUGUGAGAGAUUGAAAGGGGAGGAAGGGGUCAACAUGCUUCAUCUGAUUUAGCUCUUGUUCUUGCAGAGUUGUGAUCGACAACAAUGCUUGCGAGGAUGCCACUGUUAUCCAGGUUGACAGUGUAAACAGACAUGGGAUUCUCUUGGAAGUUGUCCAAGUUCUUACUGAUAUGAACCUUGUAAUAACAAAAGCAUACAUCUCAUCUGAUGCUGGAUGGUUCAUGGAUGAGACUCGAAAGUAAUGCCAGCUUCGCACCCUCAUUGAGAGGGUCUGUAGGGGUAAUGCCCUCGGAAGAGUACACCUCAAUAGAACUCAGUGGUACUGACAGGCCUGGCUUAUUGUCUGAAGUGUGUGCCGUUCUUUCGGACCUUGGCUGUAAUGUGGUGAAUGCUGAGAUAUGGACGCACAAUGCUAGGGCUGCAGCUGUAGUUCAUGUCACAGAUGAAUCCACUGGGUGUGCAAUCAAAGAUCCAACACGUCUCACGACAAUUAAGGAUUUGCUUUGCAAUGUCCUCAGAGGAGACGAUGACUUGAAGACUGCAAAUAUGAAGCUUUCACCCCCCGGAGUGACAAAUAGGGGGAGAAGGUUACAUCAAAUUAUGUUUGCUGAUAGGGACUAUGAGAGAGUUGGGGGGACUGGAGUUGGGGGAGUUGAGAAUAAGAGUCCAAGACCUCAUGUAACGUUGUUCGACUGCAUCCAGAAGGAAUACACCGUGAUUACUAUGAGGUCAAAAGAUCGGCCAAAACUGUUGUUUGACAUCGUUUGUACUUUGACUGACAUGCAGUAUAUAGUGUUUCAUGGAGUGGUCAAAACGGGGAGGAUGGAAGCUUAUCAGGAAUUUUUUAUUCGGCAUGUUGAUGGGCUCCCUAUAAGUUCAGAAGCUGAGCGAGAACGUGUUGCACAGUGCCUUGAAGCCGCCAUUGAAAGGCGGGCAUCUGAGGGAAUGGAGCUUGAAUUGUGCACAGAAGACCGAGUUGGACUCCUCUCAGAUAUAACCAAGAUAUUCCGGGAGAACAGUUUAUGCAUUAAAAGAGCAGAAAUUUCGACAAAGGGUGGAAAAGCCAUAGACACUUUCUAUGUCACGGAUGUCACCGGUAAUGCUGUUGAUCCCAAGAUUAUAGAUUCAAUUUGCAGACAGAUAGGCCACACGAUACUGAAGGUGAAGAAGCAUAAUUCCAAUACUUCACCACCUAAGGCCCCUCAAGGAACCACAAUGGGAUUCCUCUUUGGGAAUUUGUUUAAAGCUCGAAGUUUCCAAAACUUCAAAUUAAUCAGAUCCUACUCUUAAUUGUCUUCCUGUACAUUCUCAGAGGUAGAAACUGUAUAUACA